AAAAUAAUAAUAAAAACAGAUGACCUUUGCAUUGUGAGAGAAGCCACGUGCAUGGAAUCUAAAGGCAGCUCCUGCAUUUGUCAAAUGAAAGAGAGCAGUGUAUGGUGAAAUCCACUCUGCUGCAUUUAUCUCCAGCUGUGACUUUGUUCUGGCAAAUUUCACAGCAUGUCUGGUACCUACGAUGAGAGUGUGCUGUAUGAUGAGACCACAGACAGUUUCUGGGAGGUUGGGAACUACAAACGUACAGUGAAGCGCAUCGAUGAUGGCCACCGGCUCUGCAAUGACCUGAUGAGCUGCAUUCAAGAGCGUGCCAAAAUAGAGAAGGCCUAUUCACAGCAGCUAACAGACUGGUCUAAGAGAUGGAGACAGCUAGUGGAAAGAGGGCCACAGUAUGGGUCUGUAGAGAGGGCCUGGAUGGCAAUGAUGAAUGAUACCGAUAAGGUGAGUGAUCUUCACCAGGACAUAAAGAACAUUCUGCUGAAUGUGGAUUUGGAGAAAGUGAAAAACUGGCAGAAAGACUCCUACCACAAGCAGAUCAUGGGAAGCUUUAAGGAGACCAAAGAGGCAGAGGAAGGUUUCAGAAAGGCUCAAAAACCAUGGGCCAAAAAGCUUAAAGAGGUGGAGACAGCAAAGAAAGCAUACCAUAUGGCCUGCAAGGAAGAGAGGCUUGCCUCCAACCGAGAAGCCAACAGCAAGGGAGAAGCAUCAUCUACUACUGCAGAGCAGCAGAAGAAGAUCCAGGAGAAGUUGGACAAAUGGAAAAGCGAAGUUCAGAAGGCCAAAGAGAAAUAUGUGAAGGCUCUGGAUGAGCUGAGAAACUGUACGCCACAAUAUGUGGAAAACAUGGAGUUGGUGUUUGAACAGUGCCAACAGUUUGAAGAAAAGAGACUAGCCUUCCUCAGGGAGGUGCUUCUGGAUUUCAAACGCCAUCUUAACCUCACAGAGAACCAAAGCUAUGCCACAGUUUACAGGGGGCUUGAAGAAACCAUCAUCUCUGCCAGUCCUCAAGAAGACCUCAGGUGGUUCAGCAACAACCAUGGCCCAGGCAUGCACAUGAACUGGCCACAGUUUGAGGAAUAUAACCCAGAUCUGAGUCAUGCCAUCAGCAAGAAAGAAAAACUGAAAAAGAACCAUGAUAUCACACUCACCCAUGUCAUGACUGGGGUUCAUCAGUCAUCACCGCAGGUUGAAAACCGUAGCAGUGUGAGCAGUUAUGAAAAGAACCAGGCAUACUCAGCAGAUUGGUCGGAUGAAGAGCAAGCAACUGCAGAGACCAACGGAGCCACCAACCCAUUUGAGGAGGAAAGGAGCCAAGGAGUGCGAGUCAGGGCACUAUAUGAUUAUGAUGGGCAAGAACAAGAUGAGCUAAGCUUCAGAGUAGGUGAUGAGCUAACUAAACUAGAAGAUGAAGAUGGUCAAGGCUGGUGUAAAGGACGGCUGGACAACGGUCAGCUUGGAUUAUACCCAGCCAAUUAUGUCGAGCCUAUUUAGUUGCCUUGUGUGGGGAAAAAUGGUCGUCUUUUCUAGAAUGACCUGAAAGACUGUACUGUUCACUGAACAUAACCAGAGAACUCCAGUCAUGUUCCCUGAAAAACAGAUCCUUAUACAUUCACUCCAUAUCAUAAUUGAAGAGAAGAAUAAACUCGAAUGUACAUAAAGUAUACUGUAUCUGUUGUGUUCAUCUACACAACAGAUUUGGGUUAGCAGAAAUAAAGCAUUUCCAUAUGUAAUGUAAUUUCAGCUGACAGAAAAUGUUUUCACGUCCCUGUGCGUCUGUAGCCUGUUCUUCUGUAAGAUAUUGAUAUAACGUGGUCCAUGAAGCCUAGCAUAGAAAUGCACUAUGCAAUAUGUAUAUUUUAUUAGUUUUAGUUGUUGUAGUGACAGUCUCACUAUUGUCCUUAAUUUUGGUUCUGUUUUAUUACUUGUCUGGGUUAUGACAUGCAUUUACAUGUCCUUUUAUCUCUUAUUUAUUGAGUUGCUUAGGUCCCUAUCAUAGGUGUAUAUGAUUGUCUUUAUCUUUAUCAUAUCUGCAUAUGAAAUCAUGUGUUUGUGUUUUCAAUUCACUUCUAUCUGGAAUGCAGCCUGCAUUGGUAUUAGCCACCUUAACGUAGCUGGAUAGUGAAGCUCUGGUGCUGGCAUUUAGCAGUUUGAUUCAUGUGUACAAGUUUGUAUUCCUUGAGUGCGGUCAUUGAGUCCUUUUGGACUAAGCAAAAUCUCAUAAGCAUUAUGCUGUUUUUGUAGCAAUCACUUCUUCAGUGACCAAUUUAUAGUCUUACAUCCUUUAUAAGAAAAGUGUCAUAGUACCAUACUCACAA